GAAGAGAGGAACGGGCUUGGCUCGCUCUGGAGUUUGGCUUGAAGGAAAGUAGAAAGAAGGGCUUGGGGGGCGGGGGGGGGCAUGGGCCUGAGAUGGGCUCACUCUUCCUCCUGGGAUUCAUUGUCCUCCUGGCAGGAAGCUGCUCCGGCUGUUCCUCCCAUUCCAUGCUCUAUUUCGUCACCUCUGUCUCAGAGCCUGGGCAGCAGGUGCCUCAGUUUUCCUAUGUGGGCUUCGUGAAUGACCAGGAGUUUGUUUUCUAUAAUGCCAGCACAAAGAGGUAUCUUCCUAAGGUUCCCUGGAUAAGCCAGGUGGAGAAGGACGAUCCUGAUUACUGGGAACGGAACACGCUGUAUGCUCAGGGCCAUGAGCGGAGCUUCCGAGACCACCUGGCGACUUUGGCCAAGUACUACAAUCAGAGCGGAGGGCUUCACACUUUUCAGUGGAUGUACGGCUGUGAGCUGAGGAACAAUUGGAGCAAAAGAGGGUAUUACCAGUAUGCCUACGAUGGGAGGGACUACAUCAGCCUGGACAAGAAGACCCUCACCUGGACAGCAGCCGAUGUCCCAGCCCAGAACACCAAGAGAAAGUGGGACGCUAACUUCAGAGACAACAAGUUCAAGAAGUUCUAUCUGGAGGAGACCUGCAUUAAGUGGCUGCAGAGAUACCUGAACUAUGGGAAAGAGACGCUUCUGAGGACAGAGAAGCCAGAAGUGAAGGUGACACGCAAGGUGGACUAUGAUGGGAUGGAGACCCUGAUCUGCCGGGUGGGGGGCUUCUACCCCAAGGAGAUUGACAUCACCUGGACAAGGGAUGGGGAGGUCUGGAUGCAGGAUACCUUCCAUGGCCUGGUGUCCCCCAACUCGGAUGGGACUUACUACACCUGGUGGAAUGUCACGGUGGACCCCAAGGAGAAGGAACGCUACAAAUGCCACGUGGAGCACGAUGGGCUUCUGAACCCUGUGGACGUGGCCUGGGAGGAGCCUGACUCCAAGUUUGGGCUCAUCAUUGGGUGUAUUGUAGGGGCUCUCCUCGCGAUAGCUGCAAUUGCUGGGCUUGCUGUUUAUUUCCUAAAACGUCAAAGUGAUCGCAGAAUAACUUCAGAAAAACAUCAAGAUGACUAUAAAACAGACUCAGCAAGUGACCAAAAAUUCAACAUUUCCGAGGAAGGAAGUGAUAAAAAAUUCAACUCUUCUAAGGAAGAAAUCGAUGAAGGGUUCAUCAGUGCUGAGGAAGCAAGUGAGAAAAAUUCCCUUAACUCGGAGGAACCAUUGUGUCCAUCUGUCAGAUUUGUCAGCACCAAAGCAGCUUCCUAUGCAGGAGGAGGAGGCGACCCAGGGAAUGUGGGAAAACUCGUGAACCCAGAUCCAGCCUCCCUACAAAUAGUCUAGUGCAAUUAGCAGGUCUGCCGUAUGAAGAGAGGAAAGGUUCAUCUGCCUACGUGUUGGAUUUUGGUGCGCCGUUUAAGAAUUUCUUCAAGGUUUUUCACUGGAUCUGUAGAAAGAUUUAUAUUGCAGUGAGUUGGGCCUAAGGUGGAAGUUGAGUUUCAUUUGUUAACAAUGAAAUUCUUAAAGUGUUACUGUAUUUCCUCAGGUUUAAAAGUAGCAAUCAUUUUUUUUAUUUGUGUGUGUGUGUGUGUGUGUGUGUGCAUGUGUGGGCGCAUGCAUGUGUGAAUUGAGGUAGAGUAGGAAUGUAAGGCACUGUCAUAGGGUGCAUCUACAGCAGUGGUUCUCAACCUGUGGGUCCCCAGAUGUUUUGGCCUUCAACUCCCAGAAAACCUUACAGAUGGUAAAUAGGCUGGGAUUCCUGGGAGUUAUAGUCAAGAACACCUGGGGACCCACAGGGUGAGAACCACUGAUCUACACUGUAGAAUUAAUGUCAGAUGACGGUGAUGAUUGUUUUAGCAAUGUUGUAACCCAUCUCAGGCUGUUUGGAGAGCUGGGUAAGAAAUAUUAUUAUUAUUAUUAUUAUUAUUAUUAUUAUUAUUAUUAUUAUUAUUAUUAAUUCAUUUAUUUGUCAUAUUUAUACCCCACCUGUCUCAUCCCAUAGGGGACUCAAGGAGGCUUACAUAUGUAGACAACAAUUUGAUACCAUACAAAUAUAUACAACAUAUACAUUGAAACAAUCAUUAAAAACAAAUCAAACUUUACAACCACUUAGAAUCAUAGAAGUUGGAAGAGACCUCACGGGCCAUCCAGUCCAACCCCAUUCUGCCAAGAAGCAGGAAAAUCUCAUUCAAAGCACCCCUGACAGAUGGCCACCCAGCUUCUGCUUAAAAGCCUCCAAAGAAGGAGCCUCCACCACAGUCUGGGGCAGAGAGUUCCACUGCUGAACAGCUCUCCCUCACAGGAAGUUCUUCCACAUGUUCAGGUGAAAUCUCCUUCCCUGUAGUUUAAAGCCCUUGUUCCAUUGCGUCCUAGUCUGCAGGGCAGCAGAAAACAUGUCUCCUCUCAGCCUUCUGAGGGCGACUAAAAUGAUUAAGGGUCUGGAGAACAAGCCCUAUGAGGAGAGGCUUAAAGAGCUGGGCAUGUUUAGCCUGCAGAAGAGAAGGCUGAGAGGAGACAUGAUAGCCAUGUACAAAUACGUGAAGGGAAGUCCUAGGGAAGAGGGAGCAAGCUUGUUUUCUGCUGCCCUGCAGACUAGGACACGGAACAAUGGCUUCAAACUACAGGGAAGGAGAUUCCACCUGAACAUCAGGAAGAACUUCCUCACUGUGAGGGCUGUUCGGCAGUGGAACUCUCUCCCCCGGACUGUGGUGGAGGCUCCUUCCUUGGAAGCUUUUAAGCAGAGGCUGGAUGGCCAUCUGUCGGGGGUGCUUUGAAUGCGAUUUCCUGCUUCUUAGCGGGGGGUUGGACUAGAUGGCCCAUGAGGUCUCUUCCAACUCUACUAUUCUAUGAUUCUAUGAUUCUAUGAUUCUCUUCUGCAGGCUAAACAUACCCAGCUCUUUAAGCCGCUCCUCCUAGGGCUUGUUCUCCAGACCCUUGAUCAUUUUAGUUGCCAUCCUCUGGACACUUUCCAGCUUGUCAACAUCUCCCUUCAACUGCGGUGCCCAAAAUUGGACACAGUGUGAUUCCAGGUGUGGUCUGACCAAGGCAGAAUAGAAUAAGGUGGAGCAGGACUUCCCUGGAUCUAGACGCUAUUCCCCUAUUGAUGCAGGCCAGAAUCCCAUUGGCUUUUUUAGCAGCUGCAACACAUUGCUGGCUCAUGUUUAACUUGUUGUCCACGAGGACUCCAAGAUCUUUUUCACACGUACUGCUGUCUAGCCAGGCAUCGUCCCCCAUUCUGUAUCUUUGCAUUCCAUUUUUUCUGCCGAAGUGAAGUAUCUUGCAUUUGUCCCUGUUGAACUUCAUGCUGUCCGUUUUUUGGUCUUUGUAAAAACAGAUGUUUUUUCCUAGCUACUUGUGUUAAUGAAAAAUUGAAGACCAUAUAUUUGGCAUUGUGCUUUACAGUCUUGAAGAAAGAAAUGUGACUUUUUAAUAGAACUGUGGCAAUUUUUUGGUUUUUUUUUUUUCAUUGAGAAACUGCAAGUUGCUUUUGGUGUGAGAGAAUUGGUCGUGUGCAAGGGCACGCCCGGAUGUUUUGAUGUUUUUAGCAUCCUUGUGGGAGGCUUCUCUCAUGUCCCUGCAUGGAGCUGGAGCUGAUGGAGGGAGCUCAUCUCUCCAGGUUGCAUUCGAACUGGCAACUUUCAGGCCAGCAACCCAACCUUCAAGUCAGCAGUCCUGCCGGCACAAGGGUUUGAACCCACUGCACCACUGGGGGGGGGCUCUAAUUUUUAGGUUAGGAUCCAGCUCACUGGAAUUACUCUGCUCUGUUUUAAUUGUGUUCUGUCAUGUUUAUUGUUGCCUACCUUGAAUCUCUAUAUUGUCACAAAGCCAGUACAAGAAUGAGCAAAUAAAGAAAUUAUUUUCCUUU